CGCUCAGCGGAGCCGGGGCCAUGGAGAACGGCGCCGUGUACGGCCCCACCACCGAGGAGGCCCCGGGCCCGGGCCGCGCGCCCCGCCGCCUGCCCGCCGCCUGCUGCUCCCUGCACCGCCUGCCGCGGCCGCGCCGCGCGCUCAAGCUCGCCGCCCUGGUGCUGUCUCUGCUGGCCUUUAUCUGUGAAGAAGUGGUGUCCCAGUGUACUAUGUGCGGAGGACUUUACUUCUUUGAGUUUGUGAGCUGCAGUGCCUUUCUGCUGAGCCUCCUUAUAUUGGUCGUCUACUGCACCUCAGUGUAUGAUAAAGUUGAAUCUCCCAAAGUCAGGUUAUCGGAUUUUUAUAUUACUGCAACAACAGGAGCUGUGUUUUUCUUGGCAUCCGUCAUUUUUGCCUUCACUCAAGACCAGACCCCAGCUGAAUAUGCUGCAGUUGUAUUUGGGUUUCUGGGGAGUUUUGUGUUCAUAGCAGAUGCUGUCGUCAUGUUCAUCUCAAACCGACGGGAGGACAAGCUGAACAAGCCCGAGGCAGCCCCUAAGGCCACCCUCACUGAGCCUCUCAAUGCCUGAGGAAGACGCAGCAAGUGUCAGCUGAGGCAGCACCGUUUGGUGCCUGAGACCUGGCAGGAGGUCUAGGAGGGCUUUUAUUCUUGAUAAACCA